AAUGACAUUGAGGCGUCGAGUUUAUUCAAUCUCCCUUUGACAACGUCCGUUGGUUAUUUGGCUCUUCUCAUUUUGUCGGUUUGUUUUUGUUCUUUUAGCCAUCCAUGGAAUCCACACUUCAGGUUCCAAAUCUGAGGGCGAGCGCUUCACUGUCUUUGAGGAAAACGUCAUCUUCCAGCGAUUUUGUGUCAUUACCACGAUCACGAACGUCUUCUUUUGUCGGCUCUUAUUAUGCAGACUCGGUUCGUCGUCAGCGCUCAGACACCUUUAUCCACGUUCAACAGGAAACUCGACGGAAAAGUCAAACCCCAUCCCACCAUCAUAACAAGGUGCUUCCCCCAUCUCAACUUUACUUGACCCAUUCCCCUCAGUUGCUACCGUCGAAAGUGGAUUCGGAUUCUGAAACGGACGACGACGAGGACGAAGACAAAUUCGUUCUGAAUACCGAUACCGAUUACUCUACUGAAACAGGCGCUCUACUAGAGGGCGUGCUUAUUCGACGAGCUGUAAGACCUUCUAUCCAACGGCUACACGAGGAACAGGAGCGACUUUCAGCAAAGCGCACGUUGCUAAAGGAUUCGAAGGAUUCCGAUGCACCGCCCGUUCGCUCGGAGGAUCUCAGUAAACAUGAAUCUGACGAAAAGGAUCCUGUCGUUCCUAUUGGAGCUACUGUAAAAGAGAAGCUCGAGCGGAACAGGGGUAGUUAUUGUCCCUGUGUACAACCUUAUCAUAUUGGCAAAGACGACCACCAGGCUACCAAAUCUCUUCCGAAAUUCCAUUUUCCCAAAUCGUUUGGACAUCGACAACACCAUGUUAGCAAAACCGGUCUUUACGACGAUGGAUCCAGCACUGUCUACCCGCCUCCACCAAACAAGGACGACAAAAUGGAAAUCGAUCGCUAUGGGUUCAAAAAAUCAUCUCAGUGGCUCACGGCGCAUGAUCACCGAGAAUUUGAAAAGCGUUAUAAUGUGAUUUUGGAACGUCGAUGGACAAAGUGGUUACAGUUACUGGAAGAUAAUGAUUGGAAGUUGCCAGACAGACAAUCAAAAGUAAGGAGAUAUAUACGGAAAGGUGUUCCAGCUCAGCUCCGCGGACGUGUCUGGUUACAUUACAGCGGUGCUCAAGCAAAGAUGGAUGCGAAUCCUGGGGUCUAUGACAAAUUUGUGACGAAAGCAGGUGAAAUGGGGGAAAAGAAUGAAUUUGCUGAUAUCAUUGAACGCGAUCUUCAUCGAACGUUCCCAGAAAAUGUAAACUUUGAAGCACAGAUCGACACUGGAAUUGAAUUUGCCAAUGUCGACCACGUGCCAGCGAUCUCCGCUUUACGUCGUGUACUGGCGGCGUUUUCUAUCUAUUGCCCUUCGGUGGGCUAUUGUCAAUCUCUGAAUUAUAUCGUAGGCAUGUUACUUAUUUUCAUGAAAGAAGAAGAAGCUUUCUGGACUCUGGUGACUAUUGUUCAAAACAUAUUACCAGCUGGGGUUUAUGAUAUCACCAUGGAAGGUUCCAAUCUCGAUCAGACCGUGCUAAUGAUGCUGUUAUGGGAACGAAUGCCCCACAUAUGGAACAAACUGUCCGACAAAAGCUUUUGGGAAUCCGAAGCCGAUGGUGUAUCCAUGCCCACCAUUACCCUCGUUACAAGUCAUUGGUUUUUGACUCUAUUCAUCAAUAUCUUGCCUACAGAGUCAGUGCUUCGUGUGUGGGAUUGUUUAUUCUUUGAGGGUGCGAAUGUACUGUUUCGUGUCGCUUUGGCGAUUUUCAAAAUGUCUGAGAACGUUGUCUUGGCACUAGACGACCCUUUGGAGAUUUUUCAGGUCAUACAGAAUGUCCCCAAAAGAAUGAUCAAUUGCCAACUCGUCAUGGAGGUAGACAUUUGUGUGACGCGCCAACGAGUGUUUUUCACCAGGAAAAUUUACCAUUUGUGCUGUACUUAGAAUACCUUUCGUCGGUACAGC